AUGGAGGCUGCUCUGGCGAGCGCUCUGACCAAGGAGGUGGUACUGAAGCUCGUCACGCUGUUGGGCGAGAAGCACAAGCUGUCCAAGGGCCUCAAGGAUGACAUCCGUUUCAUCCACACCGAGCUAGACAUGAUCUUGGGCGACAUGGACGAGCACCUGGGGGAUCCGAGCGCCAGCUCGCGGCCGCAGGUCGUGUCCAUGGAGGAGAUGCGCGAUCUGGCGCAUGACAUCGAGGAUUGCAUAGAUCGGUUCCUGCCCUGCGUCGCCUGCGAGGGGGGAGCAGCAUCCGUCCUCCACCGCGUCAAGAAGGCGGUCACUAGUACCGGAUCCCGGUUCGCGGCAGAGAUCCGGAAGCUCAGGAAGAGGGUCAAGGACGCGCACGAGCGAAGGGUUAACUACGAUGUCAACGGCGGGAGAUCCUUCGCCGGAGCAGAUCCCCCGGCGACCUCGUAUGUGCCCGAAAGUGACCUUGUGGGCAUCGACAAGCCCAGGCAGGAGCUUGUCGAGCUGCUCUUGGGCAGCGAGCCGGGCAAUCUGAGUGUGAUAUCCAUCGUGGGAUUUGGCGGCUCGGGGAAGACGACGCUGGCGAGGGCGGUAUAUGAUUGUCCUGGUGUCGUCCGGAGAUUCCCUAGCCGUGCCUGGGUCGCGGGGUCGGAGCACACGGAAGCCGAUGGGCUCCUGACCGCGAUACUCCGGCAGUUCCACACCGCCGCCCAUGAGUCAAAGGCCCAAAAUUCCAUGGAUGAUUUUCUGCGGACUACAGAGUGCUUAAUUGUAAUCGAUGACAUCAACAAGCAACACUGGGAUGCCGUAAAAGCUAUUUUUCAUAGAGAAACAAGAAGCAGAAUCAUUGUAACCACGGCUCUUCAGUCAGUAGCUAAUGCUUGCAGCUCAGGUGAUGGUUAUGUUUACAAGAUGAGCGUUCUUGAUGCACAUCUCUCCAAGGCUUUGCUGAUGAAGAAGGUUUUCUUCCGAGGAUGUUCACCUGAAUUGGAGCGGGGUUCAACAGCAAUCGUGGAGAAGUGCGAUGGCCUUCCACUUGCCCUUGUUAGUGUGGCCAAAUUUUUGCUAGGCGAGAAUGAGCCCACAGGAAGUCACUGUGCGCGAGUUUGCCGCAACCUCGGCCUUCAUAUGGAGAAGGAUGCAGACUUCACAAAACUGCAACAGGUUCUUGUAAAUAACUACAGAGGCCUGUCUGACUAUCCUCUGAAGACCUCCUUGUUGUACACAAGUGUGUUCCCAAAUGGUCAUCCAAUCAGAAAAAAUAUAUUAAUCAGACGAUGGCUAGCAGAAGGGUAUGUACAAUGUAGGUACAGACUCAGUGAUCUGGAGGUAGCAGAGGAGAACUUCCAGAAACUUAUUGACCGGAAUAUCAUUCGGCCUAUUGAUGCUAGCAACAACACAGAAGUGAAGACGUGCAAAACUCAUGGUAUUAUGCACGAGUUCAUGCUGCACAAGUCCAUGUCUGAUAACUUUAUCACAUCUCUCCGUGAUCAAAAUCGAAGUAAAUUCCGUCACCUGUUCAUCCAGAACCCUGCAAGUGGCAGCACCUUGGGCCUGAACCACCAUACAAGUUCAGCAAGUGACAACGUAUCUGGCAGUGAAAAAUUCCGUGCCCGGUCUCUGACAAUCUUUGGGAAUGCGGGAGAAGCUGCUUCUGAGUUUUGCAGGUGCGAGCUGCUGCGAGUGUUGGAUCUGGAAGAGUGCAACGAUUUGGAGGACGGUCAUCUAAAGGACGUGCAUAAGCUCUGGCAUCUAAAAUAUUUGAGCCUUGGAGGAACCAUCUGCAACUUUCCCAGGAAUAUUGACAAGUUACACUGUUUAGAGACACUGGAUCUGAGGAAGACAAAGAUAGAGAUAUUGCCAGCAGAAGUCAUUGGGUUGCCUCACCUAGCUCACCUGCUUGGAAAGUUAAAGCUUGGGAAAAAGGACCUGAAAGUGGCUGAACUAGAGAAGUUCUUACCAAAAAGAAGUAAGUUGAAGACUCUUGCAGGUUUUGUUGCAGAUGAAAAUCCUGGAUUUCUACAACUAAUGGCUCAUAUGAAAGAACUGCAAAAGGUUAAGAUUUGGUGUUCUGAAUCCACUGGUGCAAACAAUAAGGGCAUGCCUCACAUUUCAAAGGCAGUUCAGAAGUUUGCUGACGAUGGUAUGGACACACCAGACGUUCCUCGUACUCUGUCACUUGAUUUUGGAAAUUCAUCGGGGGACUUCCUGGGUUCUAUACAAGAAGAUGGUUAUCUUAGCUCACUAAAACUGCGUGGCCGGCUGAGUCGACUGCCUCAGUUUGUUACAUCCCUGUGCGGGCUCACGGCAUUGUGCCUUUCAUCAACUAAUCUGGUGGGGGGUGAUCUGUCAAACCUGUGUACCAUGCGCUACUUGCUUUAUCUCAAACUGGUUGAAGCUGACCUUAGGGGCUUCACCAUAAACAAAGGGGAUUUCCCAAGCCUGCAACGCUUAUGCCUUAUUGUGCAAAUACCUGUCCCCCCUACAAUCAGAGAAGGAGCUCUGCCACAUCUUGUCUCACUUCAGCUGCUCUGUAAAGAUCUUAUUGAUCUUUCAGGCAUCAAGAUCGAAUACCAUCAUUGCUUGCAGGAAGUUGCUCUUGAUUCUAUGGUCAGUGCAAAAACGGUAGAAAUGUGGGAAACUGCGGCGAAGAAGCAUCCUAAGAGACCAAAAGUUAUGUUUCUUAGAAGGAUUGAUCCUAUCGAAACCGAGUCUACUGUGAAAUAUGUGGCGGCAGACGGACCAAUAUGUGAGAAGGCAUCAUCCAUGGAGUUCAAUCAAGUUGAAUUAGUGCAGAGUAUGUCGCAGAAGGUAUGCAUAACCCAUUCAGCCCAAUCAAGUUCAAUGAACAAGCACAAUUCAGCUUUGAAGAAAAUAAUGGUUUCACAACUACCUCAGGCUGCACCCGAGCUGUCCAGUGCUGGGAACAAUGUCAUGCCACCAUCUACAAGCAUGUGUUAA